AUGUCCGUGGACUCGCAGGCGGCCUUCAGGGCGGAGGCGAUUCGCCUCGGGGUGUCUGAGGCGCAUGCCGACUUGCUCAUCACGAAGGGCAUCCGCACGCACUCGCUGUUCGCCUUCAUCUCCAGCUACCAGCCGGGUGCCAGUGACGAGAAGCCGUUCGUGGAUGCAUUGGUUGCCAAGCUUGGUGAGGAGGCUAAGGAUUCGUUACCAGCCUUCCGGCACUUGUUCUACACAAGCCACACGCUAGCGGUCCAGGAGCUCAAGGACAAGCUUGAACCUCGUGAAGAAGCCAAACGCCUCUCUAUGGCAGACAGAGUGGAUCGCCUAGAGAGGCUCAAGAAGGCGCUGGUGGGAUUCACGAUUGACACGUGGUUGGAGCCUAGCCACUCCUUGGUGGACAAGGCCGUUGGCUUUGCGGAGGAGGGGUGUCUGGGACCCUUGGAGCUUUCCCGCUGCACGUCGCGGGAGGCGGAAAUGAGGUCAGAAAAACGUGACCCGGAAACUUUCCGCUUGGAGAAGCUGAACAUCAAGGUCACGAAGCCCCCCACGACCUUGACAGCUGACACGUCCAGUGACCUACAUGUUCGGACUUGUAUGCAGCGUCGUGCUCUGGCAUUCCACAUGGCCGGCAUUGCUACGUUCGUGGCGCUCGAUAAGAUCAUCUCUCGCUUCUUCGGCUACAUGAUGCGCCCAGUGUACCCAGGACAGCAGCCGGUGACCCUGAGCCAGGUCGUGGACGCCGACAGAACGCUUUGGGUCUUGGUUGCGCAAGAGACUCGGGGCAAGGUCCUGACAUCCGGGACUCCAUUGCCGAUUGAUGCCGCUGUGGACGCCUUCAAGGACGCUCCAGACGUUGCUUUUGCCUUGAUGCCCCGCACUAAGGGGUCAGUGCCUCCGCCUCCGAAGCCGUCUCCGACUGCUGGAGCUGAGGCGAUGAGCCGUGCCAAGCGCCGCAGGCUUCAGAAGGCGGCCAAGUCCAAGCCGAUUGCGGAUUCAGCACAGCCCGGCAAGCCGUCGGCAGGCGGUUCGAAGGGAGGCGGCAAGGGCAUUGAUAUACCACCGGGGGCGAAGACUCGCGAUGACCAAGGCAGGCCAAUCUGCUUCCGUUACAAUCGCAAGGCUUGUGACCAAUCCAAAGAGAAGUGCCAGCGCGGCUAUCACGUGUGUUGGUUCUGCCUGAAGAACCACGCAGGGGCCAUAGCUUUUGGACCGGAAAAGUUUUCCGCAGUGGGGCAUUCUCCCACCGACCUUCACUGCGCCGAAGUUCUUGCAAGUUCUUUCAGCUCUCCGCCUACGGCGAAGCAGCUCCUUUCACUUUUGGAUGUGCUGCCACCUGAAGUACCUGCCCGCGGACGACCGGGCGAUUUCUCGUGGACCACGGGAUCGUGGUCGAAAGAUGGUUGCUACGGCCUUCGCCGCCACAGCCACAUGUUUCCGACGGUUACAUCUGCCCUGACGGCGUAUGUCCGAAGCAUCGCUCCUGAGCAUACCUUUACAGCGGUGGCACUUUUUGCAGAUCUCCAAACAGCGCCCCAUCGUGAUGUGAACAAUGCCGUGGGGGCUCCUAACCUCUUGCUGCCGCUUACUGAGUUCCAGGAGGGUCAGGUCUGGCAAUAUCACGAAACGGGGCCUUCCUGGUACUAG